AUGUCAUCAAAGCCAGUCAAUAUUGGCAGUCCACGGCCGGACAAUGCCUUUCAUUCGGGAACACCAACACCAAUUGGCACACCCGAUCUCCGCGCUUGGCGCGCGCAGUAUACUGGAACACCUCCAGUGCCUAAUAUUCCUGCGCGCUAUACACCAGAAAGCCUCACUAGUGGCUCUCUAGGUCAGAGCCUGCUUCCACAAAGCGAAUUUCUAGGCAAGGCCUAUCGUUUACCUCCUACUGGAAUUAGCCCACGGCCGUCAAGCACCAUUACACCUGCAAGUGGUAUUGAUCCUGCUGCUCUUGACUUCGGCACUCCCCAAGACGAUCACAAGGCCAGGGUCAUUAGGCGUCAUCUUUUGAUGCGAGAGGAGAGACAGAACCGGGGAGACGUGAACUCAAUAUCUGGUUCAGAAUUAGACGGUCGCGUCCCCAACGAUGAAGUUCCAUCUACAGGUUCCUCUACUCCGCCUCCAGCAACUUUCAGAGAGGAAUCGGAGGCAUUUCCUAUACCUUACGAAGCUCCGGGUGCAGAUAUUACCCAUGAUAUCUACAAAUGGCACACGGAUCAGCGCCGUCAGGCUGUGCGCCCUCGUGCCACUUCUUUCUCAGGCUCUGUGACACCAUCAAAUCCUGCCUUCGAGCACAUACACGAGCCUGGAGGUUUCAGACGAAACUAUGUCUUGAUGCGCGCGAAUGAGAAUGGUGGAGAGGAGCCACGUCCGACCAACAACUUCAUCGAUUUUCUGUACAUAUAUGGUCAAUUCGCUGGAGAAGAUCUCGAGGAAGAAGAGGAAGACAGGGCUGAUGACGAAGAAGCUACCAUUCGUGCUGCUCCUUCUGAGCUCGAGGUCCACAUAGCAGUCGAUGAAACCCAACCUUUGCUCAAGCCUCGCUCAAUGUCGCGCUCUAGACGGAGAGCUGCUUCUGUGGGUCCUCAUGGAGAUGCAUCAGUCACAUCAGCCGUUCUGAUGGCAAGUCUCCUUCUGAAAGCCUUUGUUGGUACCGGGAUCUUAUUUCUUGGGAAAGCCUUCGCCAAUGGUGGUCUCUUGUUUUCCCUUAUCAUGAUUUCUGUGGUGGCACUCGUUUCCUUAUAUUCAUUCCUACUCCUCGUCAGGACCAAGUUUGUCGUCUCCGGAUCUUUCGGAGAUAUCGGCGGUGCUCUAUAUGGUCCUUGGAUGCGUUAUUUGAUAUUAUCUUCCAUUGUAGUUUCCCAGAUUGGGUUUGUCUCUGCAUACACGAUCUUUGUAGCCGAGAAUCUAAAGGCGUUCGUGCUCGGAGUCACCAGUUGCAAGACGGAUUGGCCUGUACAAUACUUCAUCCUUGUACAACUCAUAAUCUUCGUCCCUCUGGCUCUUAUCCGUAAUCUCGCGAAGCUUAGCGCAUCUGCCCUCAUUGCGGAUGCGUUUAUCCUUGCCGGGCUGGUUUACAUAUUUAGCAGUGAGAUGACAUUCAUUGGAAAACGGGGUAUCGCCGAAGUGCAGAUGUUCAACCCCAAGGACUUCCCCUUAUUUGUCGGAACUGCCGUAUUUUCCUUCGAGGGCAUUGGUUUGGUUAUUCCCAUUACCGACGCCAUGCGUGAGCCACGCAAGUUCCCCAAGGUACUGACAGGCGUCAUGAUCGCAUUGCUUUUCCUAUUCGGUGGUGGUGGUGCAUUGUCGUACCUGACUUUCGGUUCGGAUGUGAACACUGUGGUCUUAGUCAACCUCGACCAAACAAGCAAGCUCACACAAUCUGUCCAAUUCCUGUACUCGCUCGCCAUCCUCCUUUCUAUACCCCUCCAGUUCUUCCCUGCCGUGCGAAUUCUCGAGAAUGGGCUCUUCGUGCGAAGUGGAAAGCAAGAUCCUCGUGUGAAAUGGCUCAAGAACUCGUUUCGCUUUGGGCUAGUCGCCAUAUCCACUGUCAUUAGCUGGGUUGGUGCCGCGGACCUGGACAAAUUUGUCUCGCUGAUCGGUAGCUUUGCUUGUGUUCCUUUGUGUUUCGUAUACCCAGCGAUGCUGCACUACAAGGCAGUUGCCAAAACGCGCACAGAGAAGAUCGGGGACAUUGUUCUUGGCGUAUUUGGUAUGGCCGCAAUGAUGUACACCACUGCGUUGACCAUCAAGCUGAUGGCAGAGCCUGGACCACCUGCUGACCUUCCUAGCUCGUGCUGA